UAAUUUUGACUUGAAUGAAUUUUAAAAUGGUAGGGAGUGUCUGUAAGUGGAUUGCUGGGGAGAAUUUCAAAUACUUUAGAAGAGGUUACUGUAACAUUAGUUGGGGGAAUUUGAAAGAAGUCGAGUGCACUAGUUAUCGAAUUUAUGCUUUCAUUAUCAAUUUUUUGAAAAGCCAUUUUUAAUAAAGUCCAAAGGCGUCUGAUCUUAAGCGUUUUCUAACUUUUUUCCCAAUAAUUGUUUGAUAUGAUGGCAUAGCUUGUCUUUU